AUGAGCAGCAACAAGAAAGGUAAGAACGGCACCCCACCCGCAUCGAGCGGGAGGGACCAGUUCCCCGUCCUCAGCAGCACGCCCGUGCGCGAACUGCGCGGACACAGCCUCGACGUGCUCGAUAUCAGCUGGAGCAAGAACAAUUUCCUGCUCAGCUGCAGCAUGGACAAGACGGCCAAGCUCUGGCACAUCUCGCGCGACGAAUGCCUCUGCACGUUUGCUCACCUCGACUUUGUCACCGCAGCAUGCUUCCACCCCAAGGACGAUCGAUUUUUCAUCAGCGGAAGCCUUGACGGCAAGCUUCGCCUCUGGAACAUCCCUGCCAAGAAGGUUCAGGCAAGCCAAGAGGUGCCGGGCUUGAUUACGGCAUGCACAUUCACUCAAAGCGGCGCGACGGCUUGCGUCGGCACCUUCUCUGGCGCUGCGCUGUUCUACGAAACGGAGCGCCUGACGUACAGCACUUCCAUCGCUGUGAGGUCGUCGUCCAGCAAGAAUGCCCGAGGCCGCAAGAUCACCGGCAUCGAGCCAGUCUGGACGCCAGACGGAUCCGAAAAGGUUCUCAUCACGAGCAACGACUCGCGGGUCCGAGUGUACGACAUCAAGCUCAAGCGGCUU